GGAGAUCGAUCAUUGGAAAUUUUGUUGCAAUACAAAACGAAAUUACUCUCGAAUCGAUCUAUAAUUACUAUCCAUAUCAUCAAAGUUAUUUAAACAGAUGAUAAAACAUUGUACAGUACCGACCUUGAGACAAAUUGAUCAAUGUUCGAGUUCGAAUUGUGGAACACUAAAUAACGAAUAUGUCGAAAAUCAAGAAGUUAACUGGCUCAUUUCGCUAUACGCAGUGGGACCCUUGUCUUAUUAUAUCGCAGAUAGUGGCAAUGCAGUUUGUAAUGUAUCUCACACUCAGUCUUUUGAUAGCUUUAAUGCAAGAUUUGACGUCUUCAACGCGAACUUUAGACCAUUUGUUCGAAUAUCAUGAAAUCCAUGUGAAAGACAAUGAAGGAAGAUCAAUUAUAUUAGCGUUUGUAUUGAAUGCACUGAUCGGUGCAAUGAUACUGUGGACACUAGUGGGGCGGACUAAGUUGUGCUUGGAUUUUAGUUGCACCUUCUACAGUAUUCACUUACUGUUCUGCUGGGUGUACAACGGCAGUUUCCCCACGACAUUCUCCUGGUGGGCACUCAACAUAGCCUGUGCAGCAAUAACAUGUGUCGCAGGAGAGUUUCUCUGCCUUCGGACAGAGCUUCAAGCGAUACCACUCAGUAACAUAGGUGCUAAAGUUGAUUUAUGAAAGUUACCAUAUACUGCUAUAUUUACUUAAAAACAUGGUGUAGUGUAAUUUGUGACGUUAUUAACUCAAGAAGAUAUUCUGUAAGACACAGAUGGCUUUGAUAUGCCUUCGUUUACGCUGUGAAUUGUGAUGUUUGAAGAUUUAAGACCUGCCUGCACAUGUCACUAAAAAAAAUUGUCAUAUUCUACAAUAUGACAUUUUUAAAAAUUGUAUGAUUUACACAUAACAUAAUGAUAUUAACGGCAAUAAUCCUAUUAAUGUUUUUGUAUUGGAUUCUAUUCAAAUGAUGUAAUUUUCUGAUUAUUCUGUUCUGUUAAACAAAUUAACUAAAGGUUUGAAUAAGAAAGGUCAAACUUAGAGGUUCUCGUGUCUGUACAAUUUAUCUGUCAUGGUUUGGCCGUGGAGACAAUGAGUCUAACAGCUCUGUGAUUGAAUGGACGAUGUCACUUUGUGGGGAAGUAUAUAUCAUAAAAGUACUAGUUUCCGCCCACGUGUUUUGGGGAGCAUGUGGUAGCUAUUCCAUGUACCCUUCUGUACCCUUGAGAACAUAUGUUGAUCGGUUCAGUAAAUUAGAUGUGAAACGAGACGUGACGUGACCUUCGUAUUUACAAUAUUAGUUAGGAUUAUUAUCAUAUAUUUUGCACUUCUAAGAAAUAAUAUCGAUACUAUAGGCUACGUAGAAAUAUUUAGCGGGUUGUGUACUUAGGGCUCCCACACAAAACCGCGAAUUCGCAUCGCAUCGCAAAUAUCUGCGAAUUCGCACGAACGCACCGCAAGAAUUUCCGAUCUGCUUCGCAUCGCACAUUCCUGCGAUAUUACGACAUCCUUGGUGACGCCAUUAUAGUCCGCUCUGAAACAGCUAUAGUCUUUCUCUAAAAAAAAAACCAAUUGAAAUGUCAAUAAAUAAAUUUUGUUUUACUUUACCUGAUAGUCAGUCCCAGCAUUUCCAAAGGCAUAACAGGAAUUCUUCCCUUGUACGAUCUUUUUUGAAGGCAUGGUGAUAAUAAACUCAAAAGUUCUUCAAAUGAAGAUAUGCUCAUUCUAAAAUAAUCAAAAAAUUUAUCUUCUUCAGUUCUCAACGCAUAGUACUUUUGAGUAAAAUAGUUCCCAUCAGAGUUCAUAAUCGUAAUAAAUGGAUGAACCCAGAAUCUUCUUUUUCUUUUAUAUCUAUUUAACAAUAACAGCAGUGCAAUAAUCUUUUUGCGAUCCAUCUUAAGCUUCCUAAAAACACGUCCAGUACGGCUGACUACACUUGAAGGAAUGGUCGCCCUACCAAACGGUUUGCCGCACUAAAUCGUAUCGCAGAAAUUCGCAUCGCAAGUUCCUGCGAUGCAAAUUCGCAUCGCAUCGCAUCGCAGUUUUGUGUGGGAGCCCUUAAACACGGAUUUAUCUCUUUCUGACAUCACUGAUUGGAUAUUCGAAAGAAAUUGUCAGCUUCAAUCACUAGUAGAAGUAGUUAAACAAUUAAACAUUAUUUUUUUAAUCCAUACUACGCUGUUACAAGGUUAUGUCUAUUCUCUCAGUGGCCGAGCAUUAGCAUGGCAACUUUUCUUUUAAAAAGUUUUGCUGUAAAUAUUUUUCUCAUUACCAUUUUAUAGGCAGGAGUGACGUGUGGCUGAAUUUUAUAGGCAACUUAGUUGAUGUGGGUACAGAAGACCAAUGAAAAAUUUUCUAUUUAGUAUAAUAGCCUUAUUUAUUGAAAUUAAGGUUGUGUAAAACUCAUUCAAAUAAAAAAAUAAUGUAUUGUAAUUAUUAAAUGUUGCCAGUAAUAAUUUGUUCUUAAAUGAAUAUAAACAUUUUUUAUUGAUAUUUACACAGUGGUGCUAAUGUUUUUUCGUUACGUCUCCAUUUGAUAGUUUUAAAAUAUUGCUAUCUCCUUCUAACGCGUGGGGAUAGAAAAAGAUAGCAAUUUAAGAGAAUGUUGAUACAAAAAAUGGCGCCAAUAUGUGAAAAGAUGUUUGUGACAUAUUUUAUUAAAAAAAAACAAUAAAUGUUCAAGGUCGAAUAAAUGUGCAUCGUUUCUGUGUAACGAUUCUGUCACAAUCACGUUUCUUCUAUCACGUGUAUUGUAUUACAAGUCUUUUAUUUUGUUGCUUUUUAGUUAAUACUGUUUUAUCUAAAUCAAUGUGUUAUAGUGUUUCUUUACUAGGCGUAGCAUUUUCGUUUAUUUGCAUUAUUUGUCAAAAUACAGCAAUGUGUUAGACCAAUUUGCUCAUAUGUGUUUAUGCUAAUUUGUUGGUUUUUAGUUAUGGAAGUUAAAUAUGGCAAACAUUUGCAUUGAUUUUAGCUUAAUUUUGUCUGAUGAUUUGAUUAUAAAAUAAAAUGCUCAAAAUUAUUUCCUGGAUUCUAAAGCUCUUUGGAUUAUUGUUCCCAAUUCCAACACUAGAUUAGUUGAGUGGGAAUACAUAAAUAAUGUACGACCAUUGCUAUUAUUUAAAAAUUAAUUUUGAUUUAUAAAAUAUAGAUUUUGUUAUUUUUCGUUUUCAUUAAUUUCGAAAACAGAAUUAAGUCUAUUUAUUAAAAUAAGAUCAAUGUUGAAGCAGCCGAGGUUGAUUUUAUAUUAAACUAAAUGUUAAUAAAUUAUAACAAUUAAAAAAUAAAUUACUUUAAAAACAAACAAUGCUAUUGUUUGUUUUUUUAAAUAACUGAAAUAUAAUUCGAUCAAACAGCCUUAAAGUGUUAUAACAACAUUUGUGUUAUAUGUCAAAUAGCUUCUUUUUUUU